AUGCCCCGUGACCCGUUGAUCGGCCUGGUUGGCAAGCCUUCAUCAGGUAAAUCCACCACAUUAAAUAGCUUGACGGAUGCCUCUUCGAAAGUUGGUCAUUUCACGACGAUAGAUCCUCAACGUGCGGUAGGAUACCUCCAGAUCGAUUGCGCAUGCGUGCGACAUGGCCUGGCUGAAAAGUGCAAACCGAACUACGGGUCAUGCUUGAAUGGCAAGAGAUCAGUCCCCAUUGAAUUACUCGAUGUCGCCGGUCUCGUACCUGGCGCACAUGAAGGCAAGGGACUAGGGAACAAAUUCCUGGAUGAUUUGCGGCAUGCAGAUGCUCUGAUACAUGUGGUCGAUGUAAGCGGAACAACAGAUGCAGAGGGCAAAGCCACCCGAGGCUACGAUCCCAGUGUGGAUGUCGAAUGGUUACGAGGAGAAAUCGUGCGAUGGAUCCAAGGAAACCUGAUGGAAAAAUGGGGAAGUAUCAAGAGAAGGCAUAUAGCCGUCAAAGCCACGGCUGUGGAUACCUUACAAGGACAAUUCUCAGGCUACGGAAGUACAACCAGUAUUGUUGCGCGAUGUCUCGAUCGCCUUCAGCUCAAACAACCUCUUGAGGAAUGGAGCGAUGAGACCAUUCUAAAGGUCGUCAACGCAUUCACGGACGAGAAAUUCCCCACCAUCCUCGCUCUCAACAAAAUUGAUCACCCUGAUGCCGAUCGGAAUAUUGCCAAAAUUGCCAAACAACAGCCACCUGACAGCAUCGUCCUCUGCUCAGCCAUCUCAGAAGUCUUCUUGCGACGACUAGCAAAGCAAGGUUACAUCAAAUACAAAGAAGGCGCAGAGUAUCUGGAUACGAGAGAAGAUCUGAUCGAGCAGGGAGAUCCUGAUGGUGGAGGGCUCAAAGAAAUGGACGACAAACUAAGUCAAAGAAUCGAGAAUCUCAAAGAUAUGGUCCUGUACCGAUUUGGAAGUACUGGUGUUGUCCAAGUAUUGACCCGAGCAGCCGCAUUACUUGGACUUGUACCCGUUUUCCCUGUCAAGAACAUCCAUACCUACAGCUCUGGCGUCAACAGCUCGUCAGCGGUCUUCCGCGAUUGUGUGCUUGUGAAGAAAAACAGCACGGUGGCCGACGUGGCUCGGAAAGUCAUGGGCGACGCACCAAUCGCUUUUAUUGAAGGCGACGGUGGCCGAAGAGUGGCAGAGGACCAGGUCGUGAGCGUGGGCAAGAACGAUAUCCUUUCUUUCCAUGUUGGAAGAUGA